AUGAAUGAGUUAAUUACUGAUCUACUUCCCGAUAUCUUGAAGAAGUUGGCUUCAGUGGCUGUAGAAGAGAUAAAGUUGCUAGUUGGCGUUGAUGAAGAAGUCGAAAAUCUUCAAAAGAAACUCGCAAAGGUCCAGGCAAUGCUCAACAAGGCUGAGGAAAGACAACAGACGGACGAAAUUGUGAAGAUUUGGUAUGAUGAGCUGAAAGACGCGUCCUACAUGGUGGAUGACGUGGUGGACAGCUGGAAUACUGCAAAGAUCAAAUUAAAAAUUCAGGAAAAAGAAGAAAAUGCGGAAGCUGAUUCUACUCCCCUAAUGGAGAAGGUAUGCUCAUUCUUCCCCUGUCUAUCAUGUUUCCAUCACGUUGAUAAUCUUCCACUGCGUCAUGAUGUUGGUAACAAGAUAAAAGAACUGAAUCAGACAUUAGAUGAGAUUCUCAAUGAUAGACAGACACUAGGGAUUGACUUUAAUACUCAUACUGAAGUACUUGAGCAAUCAACAACUACCUCACUAGAUGUUGAUGUGUCCAGUAUAAUUGGUCGUGAUGACUAUAGUAAUAAACUACUGGAAAGCCUUUUACCAGGGGGUGUGGGUAGUCAAGAAGAAGAAAGAAAUCUCCGUGUCAUCUCCUUAGUUGGCAUGGGAGGUAUUGGGAAAUCAACUCUUGCCCAACUAGCCUACAAUCAUGAGAAUGUGAAAUCCCAUUUUCCGAUAAGAAUGUGGGUUUGUGUUUCUAAGCCUUUCAAUAAGUGCAAGGUUGCCAAAGCAAUCAUUCAAGAGGUUGAUUCUAAACAUGAAUCCCUCAAUAAAGUUACUGAAUUUCAAACUCUACUUAAUGAAAUUCGCAGACUCAUAAAUGAAAAGAAGUUCUUUCUUGUCUUAGAUGAUGUCUGGGAGUCCAAAAAGUGGGAGCCUUUCAAAAAUGCACUGAAUUGUGGUGCUCAGGGUAGUAGAAUUCUAGUCACAACACGUAACGAAGAAGUUGCGCGUAUGAUGUUUGAUGGUGCCAAACCGGACAUAAUCAAUUUGGGAAAAUUGUCUGAUGAUAACUGUUGGUUGGUGAUUAGUAAAAUAGCUUUUUAUGAUGUGGAUAAAUUGCCACAUGAGGAUCUAAAAAUAUUGGGCAAAAAACUAGCAAGUAAGUGUAAAGGCUUGCCACUUGCUGCAAAGACUCUAGGGAGUCACAUGCGUGGCAAUUUAAGUAUAAAAAAAUGGGAGGAGGUUUUGCAUAGUAAGUGGUGGGAAUUAGAAGAUAUUGAAGAAGGUACUUUGGCACCGUUGUUGUUGAGUUAUCAUGAAUUGCCCCCAGUGGAGAAACAAUGUUUUUUAUAUUGUGCUGUUUUUCCGAAAGAUUAUUCCUUCAAUAGAUUUGAGUUAGUCAUUCAUUGGAUGGCACAAGGAUAUAUUAACUCAAAAGAUGAUAGGGAAAUAGAAGCCAAAGGAGAAAAAUACUUUGACAAUUUAGCCAUGCUCUCUUUUUUCCAAGAUUUUGUGAAAGAUGAGAGUGAUGGUAGAAUUGUAAGUUGUAAAAUGCAUGAUAUUGUGCAUGCCUUUGCCCAAUCAAUGACAAAAGAUGUAUGCUUCACAAUUGAAGGUGAUGAAGAGGUUAAGAUAGACUUUAAAAGGGCUCGACUGUUGUCAUUAAUGGUUAAAGAAACAUUUCCUAAGUCUGUCUAUGAAGCGAAAAAUUUACGCUUUCUCAAUUUAGAUUUUAUGUCUUCUCAGAUUUUCCAACUCAAGUUAUUCGACAAUUUGACAUGUCUACGUACACUACAUUUGGAAGGUCAAUCCAUUCUCGGGCUUCCAAAUGAGGUGGAAAAAUUGAAACAUUUAAGAUUACUAAAGUUAUCUUGUGAAAAGAUAGAAGAAUUGCCUGAAAGUAUAUGCAAUUUAUGUAAUUUACAAAGUUUGGAUGUUAGUCGCUGUAGGAGACUUGGGAAAUUACCACAGGGGAUAGGUAAGGGUGAAGAAAUAUGUAAACUGGGAGAAUUAGAACAUUUGAACCACAUUCAAGGGAAACUUCAAAUAUGCAGGUUGAGUAAUGUGGUAGAUUUUGGUGCGAUCGAGAAUACAUUGAAGAAGAAGAACCACCUCCGUGAUUUGUGGCUACGUUUUAACACAUUAGAGGAAGAGACAGAGGAAGAGGAAGAGACAGAGGAAGAAGGAAGAAGAAAAAUGGAGAAAGAUGUAGCCAUUCUAAAUGCCUUAGAGCCACCUCCCUACUUGAAAGCUUUAGAAAUUUGUUUUUAUAAGGGCACCACAAUGAAUUGUAUAUCUCUGGAUGUCCAAUUCUCGCGCAGCGUUGCGAAAGAGGGAUAG